AGUUAAGUUUUAAGAGAUUUGUAAAUUUCCGUAACAGUUCAUAGAUUCAAAUCCUGAAGUUUUCACUCGAUGUAAGGCUAAUGGCAGCUUGUGACGGCGAAGGCUUCCCUUUUCUGUUCAGGUCGAGCACCAUGGAUCAGACUGCGGCGGAUGGCCACACACCAUAUCUUCCCGAAGAAAUCAUCAGAAACAUUCUCACACGGCUUCCUGUGAAAUCCCUAAUCAGAUUUCAAUGUGUCUGCAAACUUUGGAAAAAUCUGAUCAAGACCCCAACGUUCAUCGCCGACCACCUCCACCACUCCACUCUUCAAAACCUUUGCUUCUUCUGCAUUACAGUGCCGUUAGGAGUAAUCGUCGGUACUGCGUUAUGCUCGAUUACAAAUUCAGAGUCCUUGAAGUUGUGCCCUCGCCUUUGAUCUCGCGCAAGGUUACCAUUUUCGGAUCCAGCAACGGUUUGCUCUGUGCUCGAAUUCACGGUGAAUCUCAGAUUCUUCCUUCUCUUUUAUUGUGGAAUCCUGCCACUAGAGAAGCCAAACAGGUUCCUCACCCUUGUAUUGAAAAACUUAGCGGCGAUUUUGACGGAGGAUUUGGGUUCAGUCCUAUUGUUAAUGAUUACAAGAUAGUGAUGUCUUACUUUGAUUACAAGGUCAGGCGUAAACAGGUAACAGUGUAUUCAUUAAGCACAGGUUUAUGGAAACAGAUAAAAGUUGGUAAAAAUGGGGGUGUAUCCCUUAAAUUUCCAGCUAUCACUGUAAAUGGUGCUAUUUUUUGGCGUGGGGAAAGGCUAGGUGGUGGUGUUGGUGGUUGGAUGAUAGUUUCAUUUGACAUAGCAAUGGAAGAGUUUACGCUGAUACCACCACCACCUACUGUAUUAGGCUUUUAUUCACGUUGUAGCCUCCUUGUGUAUGAGAACAAACUUGCUAUGUUUUCUCGUGCAAAGAGUGAGAACAAUAAAUCUUUUGUGAUUGACUUGUGGGUGAUGGAGGAGGGUAUAGGUGCAUCCGGGGAGAGAAAGGGUUGGAAUAAGAUAUAUUCUAUUAGCACCAUUUUAAAUAUGGUUCCAUAUGGUAUUUGGUUUAACGAAAUAGUCUGCAAAGAUCAUGAUCCGCCAGAUGAAUGUUUUGAAUUUCCUAUAUGUCGGUUGAAUCUUAAUACUCAUGAAUUGGAGACAUUUGCUACCUUCAGACGUGGAUAUCAGAUUUCAAUUGUUUGUAAUCAUGUAGAAAGUCUUGUACCUCUUGGCAACAUCCAUAUUGAAGAGCCUUGAUGAAUUUAUCAAGAAUGAUUUAGAUUA